CUACUUUCUCCUCAGCGUAGUGCCGAGCGAUGUUACAGUUGAUGUCGAUGUCAUCUCACGCUGAUCUCACAAACCCCUCAUUUUGACAUCUCACUUGAUUUCACAGGUCGUUCGUGCCGCGAAAGGGACCUAUGCUCCGGUCUCACCACCCUCCCGUACAUUCGGCCUCGUGCCCCGAUCAAGCGCGAUCUCCUCCUUUGACACCUUCUAAACUCGAUUAUAGGAGAGCUUUUGCGGGAGUGGCGUGAACGCCUGUGCCAAAUCAGUCAAGUGUCUAGGCCGUCUUCUUUGCCAGGGGCUCCAGAUAUGGACGAUGACGAUAGAUUUGCAUGGCGGGGUACCGUCCUCAAUACUACCACAGCUUUCUUAUAUGUUUUGAUUAAAGCUGUCUGAGCUCGUAGCUUCAUAAUUGUUUUGCACGCCGCAUAAGGGGAAAAGUCAUUUCCAUCAACCAUCUGGCACAGCACAUAUUUGAUAAUUUGACAUCACGAUGUCUUCCGACGGUACUGCAUACUCGCCAUCAGGAAGUCCUCGAGCAAAAGAUUGGGCGGAAACGCAUCACAAUGAAGGUCAGUACGGCAGUGGACCAGGUCUCAAAGAUCCCGACAGCGCUAUCCAAAAUUCCGACCGAGCAUAUGCGAAUCACCUCGAAAAACAAGCGAACGUAGUUGGCCCGUCCCCAGCAACUCGAAGGCCCUCAGAUACGCCUCGAUAUGGACAUUUCGAAGAUUGCGAAGAACACGGAAGUCCCACCCUAUCAUCACCACCGCCAAAUACACACCUGAAUAACUACCCAACUGCCAGCACAGCCCAUAGCACAAAAAGUAGUAAGACACAAGGCCAGAUCGAUCGGCAGCAUACCAUUUCAACCAUACGGACGAAGAUUGGGCUGGCUCCCGAGGCACCAAUUGUAGAUGGUCACGAUGUCCAUCAGCACUUGAGGUGGAGCUCUAUCAGAGUCUUGUUCCGAGAACCGUUCGCGGAGUUUUUGGGUACAUUUGUUAUGAUACUCUUUGGAAAUGGCAGUGUAGCACAAGUGCUUCUCAGCACAGGGCAGACAACAGCUCCAGGCGGAAACGGGUUCGGGCCAUAUCAGAGUAUAAGUUGGGGAUGGGGUCUAGGAGUUAUGCUCGGAAUUUACGUCGCUGGCGACUCGGGCGGAUUUCUUAAUCCCGCCGUCACAUUCUGCUUCUGCCUCUUCCGCAAACUCCCCUGGAAGCGCUUCCCAAUCUACUUCAUUGCUCAACUCCUCGGCGCGUUCUGUGCUUCCGGAGUGGUCUAUGCCAACUACAUCAGCGCAAUUGACCAAGUUGAAGGCCACGGUAUUCGCACCGUUCCACCGAGCAGUACAGCCACAGCCGGCAUUUUCUGCACAUAUCCGCAGGCGUUCUUAACGAAAGCUAGUCAAUUCUUUAGCGAGUUUAUUGCGAGUACGAUUUUGAUGCUGGUCAUCUUUGCGUUGAAGGAUGACUCGAAUCCUGGAGCGAUGGGGAAGACCGGAGCGGGGCAGAUGUUCCCGCUUGCUUUGUUCUUUUUGAUUUUUGGGCUAGGAGCAUGUUUUGGAUGGGAAACAGGCUACGCUAUAAACCUCGCCCGAGACUUCGGUCCCCGGUUGAUGUCUUACAUCCUCGGGUAUGGCCACCAAGUAUGGAGCGCAGGCGGCUACUAUUUCUGGAUCCCAAUGGUUGUCCCGUUCUUGGGAUGCACAUUCGGAGCAUUUUUGUAUGAUUUAUUAGUGUACACAGGCCCGGAAAGCCCGUUGAAUAGGCCGUCGAUGGGGUUCCAGGAUUUGGCGAUUUGGUUGAGGCUGCGGAGGGGGGAGAAGCGGCGGAGUGGGAAGUAUGAUGUUUGAGAGGACAUAUAUCUAGGCUGAGUGCAGUCUCUACUUUCUCGAGCACCUGAAACUUAGUAUGAUUUCAGUGUGGGUGGGGAUGGGUGGCGUUGGAAUGUUGUAUGAUAUCCGGAUGGGACUAGGGAGUUCCGUUUUUCUUUGAGUUCGGCGUAUGAUAUUGUUUCCAUACAUACUCUUUGUGCUCGGGUUUAUGGAAUGUAGAUUUUUCAUGACUAUUGGUAGCGGAGGAAUGCUGUGUAUGAAAGAAAAUC